CUCCACUUUAUUGCUUUUGGCCCAUGGAAAACGCUAUCUAGGACAAAUACCUGAGACUUUAUGGAAGACACCCUCAGUAACGGCGUGGUCUAGACAAAGAGUCAUUUCACUUACGGAAAGGGCUAACCCAAGCUCACCCCAUGUCCAUGGUGCAGUCACUUAAAGCCAGUGGGAACUACAGAGAGUAGUAGCCCUCUUUCUCAAUCAUUUCUUCUUUAUUGCUUUUCAGUAAGACCCCUUGAACUGGGUGACUUGCUUUUUGCCCAGUUGUCUUGAGUGGCAGUAGGCGAAAGACGCCAGCAUUUGAGUUUAACCUUGUUUUCCUGAGUAACUUAGACAUCUUGUGUUGCUGUCUUCCUUUAAAGCAGGGGUUCUCAACCUGUGAGGUGUGACCCCUUGUGGGGGUGGAAUGACCCUUCCACGGAGGUCACCUAAGACCCUUGGAAAACAAAGAUAUUUACAUUAUGAUUCAUAAUAGCAGCAAAAUUACAGUUCUGAAGUAGCGACGAAAAGAACUUACGGUUGAGGGUCACCACAACCUGAGGAACUGUACGAAAGGGUCGCGGGAAGGUUAAGAGUCAUUGCCCUAAAACUUCAGACACAUUAUUGAAGUUGUUUUUCCUUUGUAGUCCUUGUCUGAAGUAUUUGUUUGAGACAGGGUCUUGACCCCCAGGUUGGCCUAUACCUUCCAAACCGUCUGUCCAGUUUCCCAUGUGCUGGGUUAGAGACACACACCACCACACACAGCUAAAUUCUUGGUUUUUAGUAUUAGAGUAAGUUAAGUGUAUUGAAAAUUGAUUGUCUUCUAUUCAGAUGCGGUAGGUGGGUAGAAAGAAAAUCUUUAGAGGACCUAAUUCAGAGGCCCGGGGAGGGGGUGGGGUAGAAACAAACAGUAAAGCCAGUACCAUCAUAUUGUCUCCAUCUGUCCUGAUUCUUGGGGUGUUGGACCCCAAUUCUUAGGGAGAAAUCACGAUCUCUCCACCGUCUCUGCAACCCCAGUCCCUCGGCAUUUACCCACGCUCUGUGGUCCUUGGUACCCCGAUCUGUUUGCUUCCUACAAGUCAGGUGAGCAGUGAGAAGGGGCGUGGCAGAGAGCUCACAGAGAGAGCAGCCCUCAGGGCCACUCAGACCUGGUGGACUUCGCAACACUGGGGGAGAGGGAAAGCUCUUAUCUGAUAGGCCUCAUCCAUGGGACAAGUUGUUGAGCAGACUGGAGAGUGUUGUGUUCAUUGGUUAACGAGAGAACAUUUUAAAAUGAAUACUAUCUCAUGGGGAACAGCUGUGCCAAAGUAUGUGUGAUCUGCAAGACUUACACGCUCCUGCCUUCUCACAGGCCACAUGUUGGCACGCCUCCAGGAAUAGCAGCAACAGUUAGGGAAAUGUAAUAGAGCGUCUUUCCGGAAGAACUCAAACCUAAUUUUCAUAAUUCAUUUUACUUAAGAUUAAGGUUUUUUCACCACACAGAUACUUAUGGUGGGGAAUGGACGUCUCUUUGGGGUAUGGGAUACAUGGUGAAUAAGAGAGAACACUUUAAUAAAUACUCUUAAGUCAUGGAGCUUCAGACCAUGGCUUCCCAGCAACCCAUCUCUUCCUGUUGACUCUCAGCGUGCCUCUGACUAAACGUCUCCAGGACUGAGAACCAUAGCUUUACCGAGCACCUGUUUCAAUUUUUCAGACUCCUAGCUUUCUGUUAAUGCCAAAUACCCAACUCGGCUUCUAAGUUCCAGAUCAGCACAAGGUGUGAAUCUUUCUGCUACAAUUGCCAAGACUGUUGCCAGGUGCCCCACAGUUCAUGCCCUCAAACUAGUUUGCCUUGGCUUCUUAGCUGUUCCCCUUGUGAAAUAAAAGACCCUCAUUCAAGACUCAACCACCUACUUAGACCCCCACAGGUACCCCAGAAUGCCAGGUCUUCCCAGAACCAUGGAGUAUGUCUUCAGGGAGCCUGUACCCUCAGUGCUUGUAGCCUAACUCAUUUUUCCAUAGUAAGACAAAAGACACUAAAGUCCUGCUGAUAAUGCUCGUCAGAGCGAUUAACGACAGAGUUAUGAUAUAUUUAGUAAAGGAACUCUGAGGAUGCAACUAUGUUGCUGAUAUUAUGAGAUGCCUAUAAACACUAGCUGUAGCUAAGAUGCUGGCCAUGCUAUUGCCAUGGUAAUUACUGCCCAAUUGUUACAAAAUAAUGAAAGAGUGUCAUUUUAGAUCUUUUCUGGAGGCUCUAGGAUACAGUUCAGUGAGUAGAGUGCUCAUCUAGCACACACAAAAUUCUGGAGUUCCAUCCCCAGCAUGAUAGAUAGAUAGAUAGAUAGAUAGAUAGAUAGAUAGAUAGAUAGAUAGAUAGAUAAAUAGAUAGAUAGAUACAUACAUACAUACAUACAUACAUACAUACAUACUUUUUAUUGGUUGUCAAUUAAAAUUGUACCAUCUGGAGAGAGGCAUGGUGGUACAUGCUUGUAAUCCCAGCUCAGGAGGUAAAGGAAGGAGAAUGGGAGCCCUAAGCCAACCUGGGCUACAUGAGACUCUGUCUCAAAAGCAGAAACAACGACAGCAAAUGCUAACCACAGCCAUAUUAUCAAGGAAAGUACCACUACUUUUUUGUACACUGAGCACAGUAUCUCUCUCUCUCCUUUUCUCCUUUUACUUUUGUAUUCCCAUUUUGGUUUUGUUUUACAGAUUUGGGCCUCUCCAUUAACCUUUGAUCUGAGUUGUCCCCAUCUCUCUGUGACCUUAGGUUCCCACUCUCACCUGCCCCUGUAACAGUGAACACAUUUUUUGAGAAGCCUCGUUCCUCUACUUUUGUGAAUACUGGGAGUCAGCAAGCUCAGGUUCAGUGUGGCUCUAAGAAUCCAGCUGUUCUGUGAUAGCCUUGUAGUCAGAGCACAUGAUCAACCUUUGGAACUGUGAGCAUGCUGAUGUACUACUGGCCCACGGCAAGGGGGCAAAUCCUUGGAACCAAAACACAAAACUUCUAGCCUUAUUGCCAUGUGCACUUCUAUCCCCAAUGGUGUGCACCUCAGCCUCCAUUGUCUGACCCAGUAGGAGCAGAAAUCAGCACCCAAGGGUCAGAUGGAUAUGGCAGCUACUUUGUGAGCCCAAACCUGAUGGCUUUCUGAGAAAAGCAUAGACUCCAAAAUUAGUCAAACCCAAGACAUCCCAGGGGGCAUGGUGGGCAGUGUGAGGAGUGGCCAGCAAAGCUGAGGGUGGGCUGUGUAUCAAGGUAGGUUGGGCAUUGACCAUGAUUAACUUAGGGGGAAGCUGGACAGUGUUACUCACCCACUUCCAAGAGAAUAUCUUCUGAGACCAGCAACAAAAAGACUUUGGUGACUCUCUCAUCUUCUCCAAGCGAAUAAAAAAAAAAUGCCCGACUAUCUUUGUUUCUAAAGGUUUGCAGUGUCUGUCAUUCAUUACUCCCGCACCCAUACACACCUUUAAAAGAAAGAGCAUGCCAACCAAUUCUUUCUUCUUGGUGAUGUGAGAUAAGAAACAUCUGUGUGAAUUAGAGUACGAGUUGCCAUACAACAAUGGUUCUUAACCUGUGAGUUUCGAUCCCUUGGGGUUUGAACAACCCUUUCACAGGGAUGGCCUAAGACCUUCAGAAAACACAGAUGUAUGUGGAGGCUGUGCUUUCAUUUCCCAGCAGCCCAGUCCCAAGUAAUCAUGCAGAAACUUACAUUAAUUACAAACUUUUUGGCCCAUUAGCUCAGGCUUAUUAUUAACUAGCUCUUACAACUUAAAUUAACCCGUUUCUAUUAUUCUAUAUUUUGCCAUGAGGCUCACAGUUUGUUACCUCAUAUCUUGCUUCUCCAGCAGCUGCUUGUAUCCACCUUCUUCCUCUCUCUAACUCUGCUUGGAUUUCUUGCCUAGCUAUAUUCUACCCUACCAUAGGCCAAUGGAGCUUCUUUAUUAACCAAAGGUAAUAAAACAUAUUCACAGCAUUCAGAGAGGUAUCCCACAACAUCACAGAGACUUACAUUAUGAUUCAUAACAGUAGCAAAAUUAUAGUUACGAAGGAGCAAUAAAAUACUUUUAUAGUGGGGGGGGCACCACGACAUGAGGAACUGUGUUAAAAGGUUGCAGUGUUAGGAAGAUUGAGAACCCCUGCUUUAGAGGAAAGAAGAUCUUUUUCUCCCAAGAUGUCAAAUCAGUCUUUUAGAACGGGCUUCAGUGGCCCCUGGUGCAAGGGGACCUGUAUUUUUGAGCAACAGCCAACACAUGGCCUGCUUCCAUCAGAGAACAAGGAAACAACUUGUGUCAAACCUUGUGAUUCUCUUUUGGGAAAGGUAUUAACUUUCCUGAGAGCACAUGAUUGCAGCAGAUGGUUUAUUCUAGCUAGAAAUAAAUAUACACUGCAUAAGGUCAACUGGGCAGCAUGGCUUCCUCUUAGUCUGCUAAGUAAACCAGAGUAUGUCGUUUAUCAUAAAGAGUGAUUUUUGCAGUUCUUUUGUGGUUGGAUAAACUGCUUGAUCACUAAAAGCUAUGGCAGAAGUUCUGAGUCCCUGGGUCAAACCACAGUGAUAGAAUGUGUGCCUUUGCAUAGGGAAGAAAGGGAACUUGGGCAUGAGUUUGUUUACCUGUGUUCUUGGAUUAAUGGCAAAUAGCCACCUAAUAUACAUCCUGUGUCCAAAUGAACUCAGACGACUUAUGUGGCAUGUGAAACGCACAGUUCUUAGACGAGAAGUGAAAUCAAGUACCUGUUGACUGUGAUGUUCAUUUAUUGAACCUCUUCACCUAGCAAGGAAGCUGUCGGGUUGAUGUUGCCUCCUAAAGGGAAUAAAGAAGUUGGCGCACUAUUGGUUACUUGUGGUCGGAAACGAGAGAACAUCUCCAUAAUGGGCGUUCUUUGUCAGAAAAACACACAGUGGAGGGCCAACUAGGCAGUUGAGACCUGCCCAGAUUCGCACGGCCUUGUAACUCACUGUGGUACACAUCGAUUAAUUCAGAGGUGCCUUCCACUAACUCGCUUUGCUCCUUUUUGUCUGUUUAGGAGUAGACCUGCGCCAUGGACUGGGGGGCCCUGCACACGGUCAUCGGCGGUGUAAACAAGCACUCCACCAGCAUAGGGAAGGUGUGGAUCACAGUCAUCUUCAUUUUCCGAGUCAUGAUCCUCGUGGUGGCUGCCCAGGAAGUGUGGGGUGAUGAGCAGGAGGACUUUGUGUGCAACACUCUGCAGCCAGGGUGCAAGAACGUGUGCUACGACCACUUCUUCCCGGUGUCCCACAUCCGGCUCUGGGCUCUGCAGCUGAUCUUCGUGUCUACCCCAGCGCUGCUGGUGGCCAUGCACGUGGCCUACUACAGACACGAAACCGCGCGGAAGUUCAAACGCGGAGAGAAGAGGAAUGAGUUUAAAGAUCUGGAGGACAUCAAACGGCAGAAGGUGCGCAUCGAGGGCUCGCUCUGGUGGACAUACACCAGCAGCAUCUUCUUCCGCAUCAUCUUCGAAGCCGCCUUCAUGUAUGUGUUCUACUUCCUCUACAAUGGCUACCACCUGCCCUGGGUACUGAAAUGCGGCAUUGAGCCCUGCCCCAAUCUUGUGGACUGCUUCAUUUCGAGACCAACCGAGAAAACGGUGUUUACCGUUUUUAUGAUUUCCGCAUCCGUGAUUUGCAUGCUGCUCAAUGUGGCCGAGUUGUGCUACCUGCUGCUCAAGCUGUGUUUCAGGAGAUCCAAGAGAAUGCAGGCGCAGAGAAACCACGCUCUGAAAGAGAGCAAGCAGAAUGAGAUAAACGAGCUCAUCUCAGACAGUGGUCAAAACGCAAUCACAAGUUUCCCGAGUUAAGCAUUUCAAGGCAAGUGUAGGUGAGCCCCGACAGAACAUGUGUCCUGUCUGUAGACAACAGCAAUCUGACCACUCCCUCUAGGGUGAGAGUUUGCCUAUAAAGACUCAUAGCAAAUAGAUUCUUGAGUUCAAUUUUUGUAGAACACCUGAACUAUUCACACACCACCUAAGUCAAAAUUGUGGUCCGUCUCUGAAAACAAAACCCUGGUGACAAAUGAACCUUAAGGUCACCUUGACAAGUCCUAUGCAGACAUCUGACUUAGUGGAUAUUUCCUGAGAAUUUAUAUAACUUGUCAUAAAGAAUGAUUUAUCUAGAAAUUAAUAGUUUCGUCAGUAAGAUAUUUUUAUAGGGUUGACUAUUUUAGUUCUGACCUUGAACUUAUAUAAAGUAUUUUUUUAUGACUGGCCUUCCUUACCUGGAAAAAAAAAUACGCAAAGUUAGCUUUACAAGUGCACCCCAAGUUUCUAAAGUUUGAACUUGUAAAGGGUCUAGCAUGUUAUCUAUACUGUUUCACACUGUCCGGGGACAAUUUUAUGAACUAGAGUGUCCUCUUAAGGUGGGGUGGGUUCAUUGGACAAUAUGUGUUGCUGCUUGCCAAAUACAGAUGGAACUGAAGGAAAUGGGACAAUUUUCUAACUGGCCUUCUCUACCUAUGGUGAACAGUACAAACAUGAAUGUGAUCACCCCAAUAAAGCUCGACCUUGUCGCUUAAGCCCGUGUACACUGUGAGUUUCUGUUCCCUCCAGGCCCCCACCAUCAUCCCUAGAGGUGAUGGGUUUUUGCUGAGGAGGUACCAGUAGCUAUGGGUGUAGGUACCUGGAAUUCAAGAGGCAUGCUUGUCUGUUAGCACCCUCAGCUUGGAGAGAGGCACUUCUUGUAGGAAUUGGGUAAUAUCUUCAUGUGUGGAUUGCGUUGGGUGGGCUACUCAGUCUAGGGGUUAGUAACCCACCCGCAAUCAAGUUAUUCCAGGGUCUCGGAGGGGCGCUACCUGGAAGGGAAUGAGCUAAGACAGAAGAACGAGGCCAAGCAACUUUGUCAAGGCCUCCGUUUAUUAGGGACGGGUUACAGUUUAUAUAUGGUAAGGGAUGAGGGGCA